AUGGGGGAAAAGAUAGUAUUAUCUAGAGAUCUUGCUGCUUCUAGCUCAGUGUCGUUCACUGGAAUGGGUUGUAUGGGCGAAGAAGCUGUAAAAUUAGCGGAACAUGAGGAUAAAAAUGACAUAUUGAAAUUGACUACAUCUAAUUCAGAAUUACUUGUAAAUGUUGAACGAAAUAGUAUGAUGGAAAAGAUUCGUCAGGAAAAUCGUGAACGUAAGAAACGUUGGCGUCAAGCAAAUGAGGAUCGUAAUAAAGAUAAUGAUCUUCGUUGUAGAGUUAAUAAACGUGCUCAUAAACUUUAUGGUAAAGAACAGUCUCUUGCAAAAUCAAAAUGGAUUGAGGAUGAGUUUCUUAGACGUCAAUUAAAACGUAAAGAUAGGGAACGUAAACGUUUUCUUGAAUCACAUAUUAUGACAACAAAUCGUGAUAUUAAUAAUACAGGAUUUAAUGCUGUCGAAUUUUCCCAAACCUUUCUUACUAAUCUUUUUCAAAAUCUUGUUUCUUUUAAUCAUACUAUUCCUUUUUCAUUUCGAUCUGCUCUUUUUUCUUUUUCUACAAAUCCGAAUUUUCUCAGAAUUAUUACUACACUUUUUGCUUCACUCACUGACAAUAUUUCAUCUACACCUCAAAUCGAAUCUUCCCUCGAAAAUUCUCAUCCAACUGAUGACGCAACACAACUAUAUCGCUCUCUUUUAUUUAAUCUUUUACCUUCCAAUAACGAUUCUUUUUUUUUUUCAUCUUCAAGCAUAUUUCUUCCUUCAGAAAACGUGCAUAAUGCUUUAAAUACUAAUCAAUCUAGUUCUUCUGCAAUCUAUUCUUUAUCUUCUACAACUUCUCAGCCUUCUUUCACAUAUAGGUCAUCUGAUCCCAUAACUUCUAUGGGCUUUCCGCCUGUUCCUGUAGAUUUUUCUCAACAUAAGUAA